AUGUCAAAGGUCUACUUCCAAACCUGGGACAAUGGCGGCAGACGGGAGAGUCUUGUCCACAAAGACGUUGGGGAACUUUGUGCAGUGUCCAGUGUGCAGAACCAGCCCCUCCCGACGAAAGGGAUACUUCAAGAUGGCGUGUAUGCCUCCACCUGUGAAAACUGUGGCCACUUCUUCAAAUUCAAGGCCACAGGUCCUCUGAAGUCCACUGUUACCUUCACCAUCAACGGGACCCCCCACACAGUUGGCAACCAGUAUGCCGCAGCCCUGUCCCUGAAUGAGUUCAUGAGGUCCCAGGGCGUGUCCUAUGGCACCAAGGUGAUGUGUAUGGAGGGAGGGUGUGGCGUGUGCCUCGUCACUACCACACUGUAUGAUCCCAUCACGAAGGCCGUGCAGACCUACACAGUCAACUCGUGCCUGGUUCCUCUGUACACGUGUGACGGCAUGCAAGUGACAACCAUCGAGGGUCUGGGCAACCCCAGGGAUGGCCUACACCCGAUACAAGACCGUCUGGCACAGUACAAUGGCUCUCAGUGUGGCUUCUGUAGCCCCGCCCAGGUCAUGAAUAUGUAUGGACUGCUGAAGAGAACACCGAAACCGACCAUGCAAAACGUUGAAGAUGCGUAUGACGCUUCCAUCUGCAGAUGCACUGGCUACAGACCAAUACUGGACGCCAUGAAGUCAUUCGCAUCCGAUGCUUCACCCAACCUUGUGGGAGGGCCAAUUGAUAUUGAGGAAUUAGACAAGAAGUUAUGCAGCAAAACCGGGAAGACCUGCACAGGACGCUGUUCAUCUGAGAGACAGACUGACCUGGGGCGUGCCCUCCACAUUGUGCUGCAGGGGUCACAGUGGUACAAACCCACCACCAGGCAGCAGCUCUACACCCUCCUCGGUCAACACCAGGGAGACAACUACAGGCUCGUGUUCGGAAAUUCAGGAUUCGGUGUAUAUAAGGUGAUUGGUCCAUGGAUGUAUGAUGUCCUCAUUGACCUGCGUGGUAUCCAGGACUUCUAUGACAUAUCAAUUGACUCCUCCAAAGUGAUGUUUGGACCUAGCAUCACUCUGACCAACAUGAUGGAGGCGUUUAAGGCAAACAGUAUCAACCCUGCUUUGUCCUACUUCCGGGACUUCGCCUGCCACGUGGGUGUCAUCGCCAACACUGGAGUUAGGAACCUGGGCAGCUGGGCCGGUAACCUGAACCUCCACACAGAGUUCCCGUCUGAUGUCUUCACCAUGUUUGAGACAGUUGGAGCAACGCUCUCUAUUGGAUCGAGUGAUGGCUCCGAGAAGUCAUACAGCCUCAUGGACUUCCUGAAGCUAGAUAUGAAGGGCAAGGUCAUCCUGUCUGUCACACUUCCAACAUUCCCAUCUGGAGACGUCUAUGUCAAGACCUUCAAGACUACUCCCAGACACCAGAACGCCCACGCAUAUGUGAACGCAGGCUUCAGGAUGCAGCUGGACAGGAACAACAACUUCACUGUCAAGACAAAACCAUCCCUGGUGUAUGGAGGCAUCAACAAGAUAAUGGUCCACGCCAGCAACACGGAGUCGUUCCUGCAGGGCAAACAGUUGGGUGACUCUGCAGUCCUCGCAAGUGCUAUAAAGACUUUGUCGGCCGAGCUGGUUCCCGACACCACCCCUGGUCUGUCCAGUACAACCUACAGGAAGAGCCUGGCCAUCUCUCUGUUCUACAAGUGCGUGCUCGGCAUGUGUGGUGAGAAGGCAGCGGCAAGAUUCCAGAGUGGAGGUACCAACUUGAUACGGCCUGUGUCUUCAGGCACUCAGACAUAUGACAGUCGUAAAGACGAAUAUCCCCUGACUGAACCUAUGACCAAGGUGGAUGCAACCCUUCAGACAUCAGGAAGGGUCAAGUACGUCAACGACACAGAACCUCUUCGAGAAGAAGUCUUUGCCGCCUUUGUCAUCAGCAGCGUCGGCAACGCCGAGAUCAACAGCGUCGACACAUCCGCCGCUCUGGAAUAUCCAGGCGCCUUGAAGUAUAUGUCUGCAGCUGAUAUUCCUAAAGGGGGUAGCAACAAUUUCAGGGAACCAGAAGUCGAAGCCGAAGAGUUGUUCUGCAGUGGAAAGGUUCUCUACAGUGGGCAACCUAUUGGAAUCAUCGUUGCAGUGGAUCAGUUGUCGGCAGACACAGCAGCCAGCAUGGUGAAGGUUACCUACAAGAACGUCCAGCCUCCCAUCAUUACAAUGGAAGAUGCUAUUCAGAAGAAAUCCAUAUUUCCAAAUGUUGCCAAGGAUAAAGUUGGUGAUGCUGCAGCUGCUAUAGCUAGCUCGGCCAAACAGAUCUCCGGUCAAAUCAAGGUCGGGCAGCAGUAUCAUUUCCACCUGGAAACACAGGUGAGCAUCUGCUAUCCUGCAGAGGAUGGGGUUGGCGUGACCCUCCUCUCGUCAACGCAGUGGGCGGAUAUGGAACAGUGGAUCGUAGCCAGGGUCCUCAACAUUCCAGAGUGCAGAGUUAACGUUACAGCUAAACGCAUGGGGAUCAUUUGGGGCCAAGAUUACACGUGCACAUCAAACAGCGGCAGCGGCUGCCCUGGCCACGCAUGUCAUGAGAAGGCCAGUUCGACUGACUAUGAACUUCCAUACCAACAUGAAGACAGUGGGGAAACGUUUUCCGUUUCUGGCGGAUUACAAGCCUACUACUGUCCUACGUGGGACUACAAGCCUGUUGCCCUGAAGACGAACCUUCCAGCCAACACCUACUGCCGGUCUCCAGGUUCCCUCACUUCUCUCAACGGAAUGGUUCUGAAGUACUGCAACAUCAGUGAAAUGGUAGCUCAGUUGGAGAAGUCCGCCGAUGUCCAGAAAAGGAAACAACAGACUGCAGCUUUCAACCAGGCCAACAGAUGGAAGAAGAAGGGCAUCUCUGUGAUGCCUCUCCGGUGGGACCUGUACUUCGCAGGCACCAACUUCAACGUGUACAUGGCUGUCUACCACGGGGACGGCUCCGUCGCUAUAUCCAUUGGCGGUGUGGAGAAUGGACAGGGAAUCAAUACCAAGAUGAUGCAAGUGUGCGCCUUUGAGCUGGGAAUUCCCAUGGACACUAUCACCGUCAAGCCAAUGACAACUCUGGCCGAUUCCAACUCCUAUAGCACAGGAAGCAGUGUCACCAGCGAAGUCAACGCACUUGGAGUCAUUCAGUGCUGUCAACAGUUAAAGACCAGGAUGGCACCGGUCAAGGCCAAGAUGGUCAACCCUACCUGGCAGCAGCUGGUCACCAAAUGUUUCAGUGAAGGAAUGGACCUGUCAGCGAAAAACUUCACCAACCCAAAAGGAGAUUAUACUGACUACAACGUCUACGGUGUAACGUGCACAGAGGUCGAGGUGGACGUUCUGACUGGGGAAAACCAGAUCAACAGGGUGGACCUACUGUAUGACUGUGGAGAGAGCAUGAACCCUGAGAUUGACGUUGGACAAGCAGAGGGUGGGUUUGUGAUGGGCUUGGGCUACUGGAUGACCGAACAGAUGAUCUAUGACCCCGCGACUGGCACAGCACUGACGGAUGGAACUUCGGAUUACAAACCUCCAUUGGGCAAGGAUAUUCCUAUAGACUUCCGGAUUCAGUUUCUGAAGAAUGCUCCCCACCCACGUGGAGUCCUGAGAUCCAAAGCCGUCGGUGAGCCACCCCUCUGUAUGUCUGCAUCUGCAAUGUUUGCUAUCAAACACGCCAUCGAGGCUGCCAGAAGAGAAAUAUCAAAGGACGUGUUUUUUUGCUCUCGACGCCCCUGCUACAGUUGAAGUGAUCCAGACCGCUUGUCAAGUUGACAACGCACAGCUAACAUAUGGAACAUAGCCAGCUGGUGUAAGGGACAUCAACACAUGAGUUUAUGGGAUAUCAAUACGCAGGUUCAUGGGUCAAUAUUUUUAAUAAAAUGCUUUUGAAAACACAGCAGGUCCCUGUAUCAUCACGUACACUCCUGACGUGAUCAGUUAGAGAAAAUUCAAAAAGAUAUUGAAGGAUCCAUAUUGUGUUUCUUAUCUCAAUAUUUUGUUAUAUGGUACUUGCGCCUCCGUGUGUUGUGGAUUCUCGUUUUUGAUACGGUCAAAUACCCGUGUAGACUCUUGUCUGCACAUAUGUAUGUAUUCAGAAUUCCCCAGCAAUUUUUGGAACAUUUUUACUUCCUAAAUGCUUUCCUGUAAUUACUUGUUUGACGGCUCAUGGAAAUGUUUUUUUGCUUUGUCGCCUGGAAAUCCUCUCAAACAGCAAGCAGACGACACAUUAAAUCACGUGAUUGUCACGUGAUGCAAGUGUGAUAACUCCCGCUUGACUCAUAUGAUCGCAGCAAACAACCUCGGUAUAAAACGGCAUACUACGUUACAACGGUUUACUCAUUAGAUAUUAGCAUUUCCCACUCAUAAAUGUGAUAGAACGGCCACCGGUUGUAACUCGGCUGGUUUAGGAGGUUUGCCAGCUGUGGUGUUCCUGUAGGACUGGACUAACAUUCAGUCCCAAAACGUUUCUGUUCCCGGUGAAAUACAAAUACUGCUUAAUGUUAUAUUAAGGUACCCUCUUGUCCAUGAAGUUCCAAGUGGCGAGUGGCGAUAAUGUGGCGAGGAUAUGCUGAUAGAGGUUGGACGAUGAUGAGGAGGGACUAUGAUGGAGAUGUUUUUUCUAUGAAACAUAAUUUCUGGGUUUUGCAAGAGAGGCUGACGUGACAGUAUGCAUUUGAGUUUAAGUAAGAGAAAAAAUGUUGGGGACAACUUUAUUACUCAGAGAAUGUGAAACAUGAUCCAUUGAUUUAUUACAUAGGAUAUAACCUCUCAACUAGUUUUAUAUAUUCUUGUGAGGAAGUUUAUAUAUUUUGCUAUAAUCUCUC